GGGAUGAGAUCUUCUCUGUCAACGGCGAGCCGCUGCGAGGCUUCUCGCACGCCGAGGCCAUCGCCACGUUCAAGAAGACCAAAACUGGUCAGAUCGUGCUGCAGAUCGGCCGCCGGGAGUCGGUGAAGAAAGUGUCUGCCAAGUCCAAGUCGUGUGACGGGCUCGACAAGCUGGGCUAGAUCUCGUCUGCUACCUGUCACCGAGUCGGCCCAGUGACUGGUGACCAGUGACCGCGCGCAGUGACCGGUGACCAAUGAUGAUUCGCAGUGACCACCGCAGCCGCCACGAACGGUCAACGAAGCCGGGCUCUGGCUUUGGUGGGGCUGGGACUGGGAACAGGUGGACCGAAGCCGAGCCGUGCGCGCGUCGCUGGAUUUCAUGAGUGAUGGCGGUAAACUUAUUGGAAGAGGUCGAUGUUUCGCAUCACCGCUGGUUGGAGGUGCUGCAGUGUUGUGACUCGUGUUUUACCUUGAAUCCGCAUGGAGUCCAGUCCGUGAGCGAUUAAUAUCGACAUAGUUUAAUCGGCACAAUCUUGAUAACAGUGCAUAAACUCUAGUCUGGAUCCCUUUUCCUAGCGUGGAAUUCCGGAGCGUUGUUUAAGCAAGUACUCGAGCAUACUUAUUAUAUUUAAGAAGUACUGCCGUAGGCUCUUGCUGGAUAUUGAACUGUUGUAGGAUGCUGGACCAGUGGCUUUUCAGAAUAUAUGUGCGAUUGCCGCGGUUUCA